UAUUAUUAUUGAGAAGAAUUAUAGAAGGGGUAUGGAAGUUAAGGAGAUUACAGGAGGGCUCACUCCUUCGUUUAUGAGGAAGAAAGCGAGGUUUAUAAAGCCCUUGGAUGUGGUGUUGGGGAGGAAGAGAGCAGGAGGGGGGAUAGAGGAGGAGGGAGGUAGAGAAGGAGGAAAUAAAGAAAGGGUGCAGGGUUUGAAGGGGUUUGGAAGAAGUGGAGAGGGUUUAAGGAGAUGUAAGAGAGGGAUUUUUGGGGGUUGGUGGAUUUGAUUAGGGGUAAAAGUUGUUUUAGACUUAAGAAUUGAGAGUCAAGAUGAUCUUUUGACAAUAGAAAGUGCGAAAUAUGGGAAUAUGGCUCAUGAAAAGAAUUUUGAUCAGGAGCAAUCUUACGGGUUAUACAAAUCACCCUCGAUUGAAAUUAUUAAAAACAAUGUAAAUAAAUAUUCUUUUGGGCAAAUACAUCAAACCAGCAACAACAUUUUGGAAAAUUUGAAAUAAUAAGAGAAGAAUUAAGAAGGGAACUAUUUUCCAUAAAAGAAAAUCUUCAGAAUAUGGAGAAAAAUCUAUAACAAAACCUAUGAUAGACAUCCCAAAAUACAACUCAAACAGCUCUGAGUUAUACAACUUGAUCCAAAAGAAGAAAGAGAAGAAGACUUCAUCAAUGACGCCAAUGCAACCCCCUACCAAUCUACACCUCUUGAGCUUGUCUGCAGACUCUACUUCAAACCUAGACCGAUCAGCAGAUAAGCUUCCAUUAGUGAACAAUAACCUGAUAUUUACCGGAAGUAGUACUGAUUUAGAAAAACCCAAUAAACCAGCGAGAAAUUUAUUCAAACUUCAAGGGAGAGGGAUCACCAAUAGAAGUAUUUCCGUCAGCAAAAAUGGGUUAUGCCAUGAUCUACAGAAAGUUAAUCAAACCCAAAUUGAUAACUCAGGCAUGAUUAUUAGUACCUGAGAUGAACCUUUACUUUAUACUGUAGGAUCAAGACAUCAGCCUCAUCCAAAUGAAAUCAAGAAUAUCAGGAAAUGAUUAGAGGAGGUUGUAAAGAUAGGAACUCAAGAAAGAAUUAAAAUCUCAAAACCCUCGUUUAACUCUUUUAUAAGGUACAAGAAAAAUGAGCUCAAAAGUUUUGAAGAUAAAGAAAUCAAAGGUAUCCUUAUACAUAAUUCGAGGCCAAAAAAACAGAUAUAGAACAACUUGAUAGUAGUUUCUUAUCAAAUAAUUUCCCAUCAUUUCAAGCAAAGCAGAUAGAAAUAUAUAAGAAAUCAUGGAAAGAAGUUCCUAUGAAUACCUCAAAAAGAUUUGGCCGAAAGUCAUCCUUUGGAGGAGGUUCUACUGGGAUGGAACCUAUUAAGCCUAAGAAUUUCCUGAGCUUAAUUUCUAAACAGAAAGAGCGUCACAAAUCUAUUGGAGUAAGACAUAAGCGAACAAGUUCCACCAAACCUAAAGUGUUAAAACUAAAAUCUCCCAAGCCAAGUUUCGGAAUAACAAGAGUCCAUCUACCCAAAAGCCUCAAAAGGGUCGAAAGCUUGAAUGAAGACCUAAUACAAGUAACUACAAAAAAUUAAACACCCUCACUACCCAUCCACAUCCCCUUAACAUGCC